CCAAACAAACGCAUUGCUGUGCCAGUGCGAGUCGAGCCCAAGGUGUUUUUCGCCAAUGAACGCACCUUUUUGUCAUGGCUCAAUUUUGCCAUCGUCCUGGGAUCCCUUGCCCUUGGGCUUUUAAACUUUGGCGACCGCACGGGGAAGAUUGCCGGCGGCUUGUUUACCGUGGUCGCCAUGGGCGUCAUGGUCUACGCCCUGAUGCUGUUCCAGUGGAGAGCUGAGCUUAUUCGCCAGCGCGAUUCCGGUCCGUACGAUGAUCGCAAGGGCCCUACGGUGCUGGUUGUUGUGCUGAUCAGCGCUAUCUUGGUUAACUUUUACCUGCGCUUUAUC